CAAUACUUAUCUGAUUUUGUUACAAAAAUUCUUCUACUUUUUGCUUUUCCUGUCUCUUUUAGAUUAUUCCGUCUGUAAUAAAAAGGAUUAGGCGAUAUACAAUCUGCCCUCUAUUUUGCUGCUUUAAUAAAAAACGACUUUCAUUUGUCAAUAAGAUCUCAAACGUUAAACUGAUUCAAUUUUUGAUCUCAACUAGACUUGAGCACAAAAUUCAAAAAAGGUCGAACCUGAAUAGUAAAAUAUAUUCAAUCCCAUCUUUGUCCUUUGUCUUUUUCUAUUUUUCCUUUUAACAAAAAAUCGGAUUAGUCGUUUAGAGAUUUCAUCUAAUCCUUAGACUCAGUUAUUUUUAUACGUAUUUACCUGCAUCGCAUCAAUACACGAAUAUUGCUUACAAGGAUUCAGUCGACAAACGUGACUGUCACAAUUCAGCUGGCUGCAUCAUUAUCAACCUUUCUUUCCGAUAAUAACCCGACCUUCUUUACCUGUAUGCAAGAACUUAACAAUGCAUAAGCGCUCCGAAUUUGAUACUGCCAAAGAGGCAAAUACCCUGCCUGGUAAUGUUAUCGCCAGCCUUCCAGAUGCGAAUGCUGUAAAUGUCAGAGUUCUGGAACAUGGCGACUCAAACUCAGAGGAUGUGGGAAUCACGUUCAGUCCUUUUGCAGAUGAUGGAGGCAAAACUACGUCCAUAUCGCUGACAGAAGCCGAUGAUGAAGAUGAGGAUUUGCCGAGUGACUUCAUGCCCCCUAAACCUACCCAGGAGAAGAGAUUGUCGAUCCAGAUGGGGGCUGUGAUGGUGUCCUUCGACAUGGAUGGGUUCCAACAGGAGGAAGUAGACGAGCAGGAGCUACUAUCCGGAUACAAGACUCCAACUUAUCCAGGGUCAGAAUCGCCCGCUGUGGAACACCAGAGUCCAGAACACGGGGCUCGGCGACUGCAGAAAAAACACAGCAGAGAUGAAAUGCAGACUCUUCUGAAAGAGCAUCGGGACAUCGUGAACAUACUGAAAGAACAGGAGAGACACCUGUCACUCUCAGACAGCGAACACUCGGACAACAAUGCCGCCCCUACUUCGACUUCAACCAGCGCCCCCUCCCCAAAGACCUCUGCGGAUCCCCCCGCAAACAAUACUGCUUCUACUAACAACAAUACUGCUGCUAGUACCAAUACUACUGCUGGCACCAAUACUAUUUCUGUUAUUACUACUACCUGCUCUGGUAUAGCUACAAAGCCAACUGAGUGUUCCAGCGAAUCCAAGGACCUGGUCCGAGAUUUUUCGGCUGUUUCUGUAUCGAGUUCGAAUGAUAUUUAAUGUAACUCCUAAUGAAUGAUAAUUGAGUGUCAAUUUUAUUCGCCAAAAAAGAUGACCAGAUUGUUCGAUUGCAAUAUGAACUGUUGUUUUGAGUCAGAAAGAAUAAUUGGCUGAAAUUAUUGGCGAAUUGAGGAUAUUUUAUUAUAAUUGAAAGAAAAUAGAACGAGAAAAAUAUUGAGUUUAGAUGAAUUUUAUCGUUGAAUGUUAUUAAGAGUCAAUGAACGUAGUUCAGACUCUUAUAUAGGUCGCGAGUUUUUCUGGAAAAGU